AUACAAUUGGUAGCUGAACACUUAAAAAAAUAAAAAUAAAAAAUCACUUAAUUACGUAAUAAUAUAUUAUUAUUUUUUAUUUUUAUUUGGUAUGUUUAUCUCUCAGCCCCGACUCGAUGAAAUUUGGAGCUGCAGUCGACAGAACGUGCCGAGCAGUGAGAGAGAAGUUAGUGUUUGUUAGCAGUAGCUUAAACAAUGGCUUUUCUGUUUCAGAAAUUUCAAGAGGGUGUGAAAAUUCUUGCAAAAAGUCCAACAUUUGCUAGAGAUCCAAGGAAGCUUCAAUUUGAAGCCGACAUGAAUCGUCUCUUUUUAUACACUAGCUAUAAUCGCUUGGGAAGGGACGCUGAUGAGACAGAUGCCGACGAAAUUAUCAACAUGGCUAGUAAAGCCUCUCUGGCUGAUCAAGAGAAGCAAGUACAAGAAAACAUCCAUUCUCAAUUGGAAAAGUUCUGCAUUUCUAUGAAUCGAAUUCUUCUUCCCGAUACGUCAAAAGAAAGUGAGACAGUUGAGUCAUCUAAUCAAUCAAAUUCCACCACUCGCAGAAGUGGCCUGAGUUUUGCUGUUGGCAAGAGUGGCUCACCUGCUGACGCUCCUGUUGUACCAGAGACUAGGCCAUUAAAAUGCUCUGAAGUAUCACAGAAAUUACAGGCUAGCAUUGGCUACACGCUUGAUCUCAAACCAUCCCUGAUACCCCACGAGGAAGCUGGCAAAGGUUUAUUUUUAUGUGGUGAAGCUGAUGUUGGUACUGUCAUAGCCAUAUAUCCUGGUGUAAUAUACUCCCCUGCUUAUUACCAGUACAUUCCUGGAUACCCAAGAGUUGAUGCACAGAACCCAUAUUUGAUCACUAGGUAUGACGGAACUGUAAUCAAUGCCAAACCUUGGGGCACUGGGGGUGACAACCGAGAAAUGUGGGAUGGCUUGGCAGUUCCUGAAAUUAGACCAAAUAUGGAAGGGACAGAAAAAGGUUCAGACCGGAUGUGGAAACUGCUCAGUAAGCCUAUGGAAAGUAAGCGAGGGGGGAGCAGAACUGAGUUGUUGGAGAGGAGAAACCCAUUGGCUUUGGCUCAUUUUGCCAAUCAUCCAGCAAAGGGUAUGGUCCCAAAUGUCAUGAUCUGCCCUUAUGACUUUCCAUUGACUGAGAAGGACAUGAGAGCCUAUAUUCCUAACAUAUCAUUUGGAAAUGCAGAGGAGGUAAGCAUGAGGAGAUUUGGUAGCUUUUGGUUUAGAUGGGGUGGUUGGAGUAGUAGUGGGUCAGACACUCCAGUUUUGAGAACUCUAGUUUUGGUGGCUACUAGGACACUUUUUGAUGAAGAGGUGCUCUUAAACUACAGGUUGAGCAACUCUAAGAGACGGCCAGCGUGGUAUACUCCAGUGGAUGAAGAGGAGGACCGAAGGAGAUGGAGCUAAAUCAGUUGAGUAUUUUAUUUGAAUUAAAAUCAGUUAAAGCUACUGCUUGAAAGUGGUUUCCAACAGGAGCAGCAGUUUUGUGUCAAACUUCUUUUGCAUUCAGGGGAUAAUGUGAGUGUGCUCUACUAUUCUUCUUCUCUAUUUUUAAUCUGCUUACCUGGAUGGGUUACUCGGUUGUAGUUUGAAGAAACAAAAUGCUAGUCUAUGACCCAAUUGGCAAAUUUUAUUGUUGUCAAGAUUUUGGUUGCUUUCUUUUGCAAUUGAUGGGCAAAUUCUUGAGUCAUGAACAAAUAGAGGAAUUUCGUCUCAGAUUGUUAGACAUUGCAACAAUCAAAAAGGAAUUACUUUUAGGGAUAA